UACUAUCAGCUCUUAGAGAAAGAAAGAAAGUAGGACCCUCUUGCAAUGCAUGUUUGUAUUUUAUAGUAGUAAAGACUGUCUGGAAAUAAUAAUUGGCAGCUUGGACAAUCUGAGGAUACACAGAUGAGCCUUGUUCUGGAAAAAUUGGGCUUAAUUUAUCUGCUUUAAGAAGUGUCGUGGAGCUAGGAAUGUGACUGCCUCAAGAUGACGGACACUCUGUCUGAGUUUUUCUCGUGGGCGGUGCAUGACGUGAUAUUCUUCAGCGGGGAUGUUCAAACGACAACCAUUGCUGUGGCAAUCACCAGUUCCCUGUGCUGUUCCAUCGUCGUGGCGGUGGUUCACUUCAUAGCGCUCAUAAGGCCUGCGGCUGACAGAGUAAAGGCAAAAAGGAACUUUCAAAGAUACGAGCUAAAAGCAUCUGCUAGUUCCAAGAAGUAUUUUUCUCCAAUCUGGUUGUCAAGCAAUGGACGUGUGCAGGUGCCUUGCGUGAAGUGUGGAAGCUAUUAUGCCGACGAGGGCUGUUGGUUUGUGACCUGCAGAGGCUGUUGUUUCUCCACAUCCCAGUGUCCCACCCACCACAAGAGCUGCAGUGGCAGUCAGCCCUGCAGUACCAGGCAGUCACAACUGGACCUCAGUGACACCGGUUUGCAGUCCUGCCCUAGCCGUCUUGGCUUCGUGGGUGCCCACCUGACCUUUCUCAACCUCAACAACAACAAACUGAGCGUGGUUCCUGCGGAGAUUGGCUGUCUGCGAGGACUUCAGGUGCUCAGUCUAGAGAGAAACCUCAUCUCUGAGUUACCGGACACUUUGGCUUCAUUGACAGAACUGCAGUGUCUUGAUAUUGGGCACAACCAACUGAAAAACAUUCCUGCCAGUGUGUGGAAGCUACAGUGCCUACAGGAGCUGCAUGUGUCCCAUAAUGCACUGGAAGAGAUCCCUGCAGAGAUCAGCAGGCUCCAACAGCUCCUAGUCCUCGACGUUAGCUACAAUAAUAUCAACUCCAUCUGUGAUGAACUUUAUACAUUAUUCCAAUUAAAGUGGCUGAACACAAGUGGGAACAAGCUCGUACAGUUGUCAGAAGCCAUUGGUCAUCUCGUGAAUCUCGAGUUGCUGGACAUCAGUGCAUGUGACCUGCAUGUCCUGCCUCGAGCGGUCAUCUGUUGCACUAAACUGACCAGUCUCUUCUGUAACACCAACAGAUUGUCCAACUUGCCCAGCCAGAUAGGCCUGCUGCCGUGCCUGUCUAGACUGGAGGUGAUGGACAACCAGCUCCCACACCUGCCUUACACCCUCACUGUCCUGCAGAGUAGUCUCAUCUUGAAAGCUCAAGGCAAUCCUCUAGUCCAGUCUGUUGAUUACAUGGUGUACAGGGCAUGUCCAGACAAGGGGGGCAACUGUGGCCUGCCCAGCUUGAAAGAGCUCACUGGAAGGGAGAUAAUAAAGAGACACAUUCCUUUCACAUCAUCCUUGCCAAGUGUUCUUCAAGACCUACUAAAUCAGGCUGGUUGCUGUAGUGAGUGUCGUGCCCCAGUAGUUGAGCAAUUUCGGUCGGAGAUAGUCCUGGCAGAGGUCAACCCCUACGGCUGUACAGUGCCACUCUACAAGCAGACUUGUGCCCUACACUCAAGUGGAUACACUUAGUCAACUGGUUUUAUUUAGGUCACAUGCUAGGAAAACUGGGCUAAGUGCCUGUGCUUCAAGUGACAUCCCAGAUUAGCCUGUGCUGUCCACACAGGCUAAUAAGGGUUAACAUUUUCCGCUUUUAUGGACUUUUUUUUGGUAUGACACGUUACGCACAUGCAAGAAGUCCAGUUUUACCAGACCGAUGCUCAUCUAUGUUACUGUGCUCAGCAAGCCUAUUAUGAGGGUUGUCAACUUACUGUUGACUUCAUCUGCCCUUCAAUUUAUUUAAUAAAUAUAAGGCUUUGUGAACACAACUUUCAGCUUUUUGAGAUAGGUGAGGAAAACUUAAACAUCCAUGAUUACAUAUAAUUUAAAUAUACUUUUGAUGGUUUUGUGUAUAAUAUAUGAGGGUUUAUUUUAUUUACUCUAUAAACAGGGUUAUUUUUGUGACCUCCGCAUCUUCUGCAUCAGGAGGCUUAAUAGUAAUAGAUCUGUCUGUCUGUUUGUUGAAUUGUCUUUCCGUAGAAGGUUAACCCAAAAUGACAUGUUUAUCAUAACAUUAACAAUGCUUACUAUAAAAUGUCCAAAUGUUUUUGUAAUCCAAUAUGGAUAUUCUUCAUCGUUCAUCAAUGAUCUCAUACAAAGCUUUGAUACUUAAAUGGAUGAUGUCACUCUUAACGCAGUAACAUCACCUGACAUUUCGUCUUUAAUAUUAACCUUCUUUUGGUCUUAGUAUAAUGGGGAAUGUCCAAAUAAUUGGUAUACCAGAUUAGACGCAUUUUGCAUAUAGUAAAACUGCUUGCUACUGAAUUAAUAUUAUCUAUGAAACCUCUCAACACAUCCCAUCACCUUACCUUAUUUUGACUAUGACAUCAACCUAACUUUGGACUUAUUCCGAAAGUCCAAAGUCUUUACAAAAUGAUUCCUGUUGAAUGUUUAACAGCAAUGCUGAUUUUUUACAAAUCUUUGAUACUUGCAUUGAUGUUAUCUAUGAACACUCAACACACUCUCAUCUUCUGACCUCCUUUUGACCUUGACAUUAACCUUUUGCAUACUGGGAAAUUUGUCUUCUGCUAAAAUGUCGUCUGCUGAAUUUUUAAAUUAGCAUUUUCUUCGAUUUUUUUCAAAUAAUACUAUCAGAAUAGCAAACAGUUUGGAUCCUGAUGAGACGCCACGUUCUGUGGCGUCGCAUCUGGAUCCAAACUGUUUGCAAAGGCCUUCAAAAUUCGGUUCCCGCACUUAAAGGGUUAACCGAUUUUGGAAUCAUAACUCCAAUAGGCCCUUGAAUGAAAACUGACCAGUCUUCCUUUGGGGACAUCAGAUUUUAUUGAACACAGCAAUGUAUAUUAUAUUAAAAUAUGUAUUCAUGAUACAUGUACAGUCAAUAUUAAUUUUUGGAGAAAAAACUGACAGCAUAUUUUACUACACAUUAAAUCUCCUGAAGAAUAUUUUGUAAACAAGUUGUAAUCAUUUUAUUGGCUGUUUACUCUGCUUAUAUUAGGGAAAGUAUUGUCUCGUUUGAUUUUAACCUUACAAUAUAUUAAGUAGCAUAUAUCUCAUAUAGUGUUUUUUAAUAUGAAAUGUUAUACUUAUAUCUUUUACAGGGAGGCAUAAUUUUUUAAUACAUGUAUUAUGACAUAACAUAAUAUUCAAUGAAUAUUCAUGCGCAUUUUGUUUUAUUUAAAAAUAUUCAUUAUAUAUAAAAAUGUGUUUAGUUUUAAGCUUUUAUAUAAAAAAGAGAAUUUUAUUUAUAUCAUUACACAUUUUUAUAUUUGAAACCUAGUCAGUUUUAUUCACUUUAAGCUAUAAUAUAUUCUGGUAAUACACUUUUUGCGAUUGUAUUGCUACUGGUCUUUGUUUAUGACGUGUUGGUAUUGUUGCCGUUUUGUAUUUUAAAUAUGCUUACAGUUGUACAUUGUAUCUAUUUUAAUUGUCAUAUCAUGACUCAAAGUUCAAAAAUGUGCAUCAUUUGUUAUGUAUUUGCUGUUACAGUUAAGGGACUGUUUUUAGCUCAUCUGCAGACGGCCUGCACAGAGUGAUCAUUGGGAUGGCCUAUUGUGCGUUCAGGUCAUCUGGCAUGUAUACACUUCAUUCUUGCAACAUCUCUUAAACCGCCUGGCAGAUUUUUAUGAAACUUCACAGGGAUGAUCCUUGGGUGACCCCUUUAAAAGUUGUUCAAAUCAUUAUGGUCCACUGCAUAUAGAGGUCACCAAAGCUAAAAUAUAUUAUAGAAAGGAAAAAUCUCCUCUGAAACUGCAAGGCUCAGAGGUGAAGUAUUUGGUAUCUGCAAUAAAACGUAGGUUACAAAGCCAUCUUUGUUGAAAUCAAGACCCUGGGGUUAAAAUUGGCCAUGCCGAGACUGUUUCUCGAUAUAUAUCGAUGAAAUUAUAAUGUUUAAUAUGUCUUAAAUAAUUAAUGAAACAAUGAGGCACAGAGGUUCAAUAUUUUGUAUAACGUCAUAUUGUGUCCGCGACAAAGUUGGUUAAAAUCAUAACCUUGGGGUUAACAUUUUCCACGCCCCAGGGAUUGUAUUUUACUAUAAAAUCAACAAAUUUGAUUAAAUAUGUUACCUCCCAGAAUUCACAUAACCCAAUCUUUUCCCAAAUAAUUAUUUUAGGCUUUAAACUGCCCACACCUAUAGGGCUUGUAGUAAAUACACUUUCUAAGCAACACGACUCUUUUGCUCUAAAAUAAUAUAACAAAAAGGGAGCGAUCUAGGGCAAUGUUGGUCCUCUUGUUUGUUGUUUUGUGAACAUGUUUUACACAUUUGACUACUGAAUUUGCUAUCACGGCCAUUCCAUGUAUUUGUGUUCCGCUGUUUAUACACUUUUGAGACAUGGUAUUUCGUAUGGGACCAGUUUUGUUGGAUAAUGAACUUACAUAUAGUUGUUGUGUGUGUGAUAAAAGAUUUCAACUUAUAGCCAUCAACUAUGAUAUGGUAUAUACAUGUAUACUUUUAAGCAUGUGAUAUGGUGAACCAGCAUGACUCUGUGUCAACAGCAGCAACUGUCCAAUAUCAAACUUGCUUGAACAGAAGUGUCGGAUAGAUAUAUAAUAGGAUAAGAUAUAAUAAACUUGAAGAUAACUAUCAUGUUUACUAGUCAGCAAGUAAGAGUUAGUUAACAUGAGAUAGUUAGAUCACACCAGUAACUACAUGAAGGGUGACUUUGAAAUAUAAAUUGAGUGUUUUCCGUUAACAUAGCUUUUAACAUGCAACAGAAUGGAUGAUGGUGAAAAAUACCAAACCACGAGCCACACAUAUCAGUUAUGUCUCUUGUUUAAAAAAAUACCGAUAUCAUAGUUACAAACUGCAGGCUUUAAGUGGAUGGGAUGGACCCAUUUUUAUACAUCACAUAUUUGAAUUAUUUUUUUUGCCUUAUAUGUUGAAGUUUUCCUGGUAAGUUUUAUGUUUUGUAUGUGCUAUGUUAACAUGACUUUUUAUCGUACAGAAAUCCAGAUUUGUGUACAAUACUGUAAUAUGAUUAUUUGAAUUUUAUGCAAGUAUUUAAUAAUCAUGUUUUGUUUUUAAAAUGUUAAGUUUUUGAAUUUUUAACCAUUAAUAUAAUAAUAAAUAAAAUAAUUUAAUUGAGCAACAUGUAUUUUGAAUCAGUUUUAAUAUGGCAACCAAAUUAAGUAUUUGAAUGAUCAAUAGCUGAUUUAAAAUAUCAGGUCUCUCGUUGGUGAGGGCAUAAGUUUUUUGUUGUUGUUAAGCUUUGUGUAUAAUAGUUCAAAGAAGACAUGUUGUUUAUAAAAAUAAAAGAAAUAAAUAUAGCUCAUUGCCAUGAUAGGAAAAUAACAUGCAGCUUUUUAAGCUUGCAAUUUUCUUAAGGAUGUAACAUUAAAUAAUAAAAAAUCAACUUGAUAAACACCAGAAUGAUGUCUAUGAAUUAUUCAUAAAUUAAAUAAGUUCAAUUUCUAUGGUGUUAUGUGCUUAUGUGCCUUUAAUGUUUGUCAACAGUUCACUUUGUACUGAAUACUUUUUAUUAUUUUGGUCCAGUAUGUUGUCAUGCUAUUGUAACUGCUGGGUACGUGGCUUCAGGCUCAUUUAAUCAAGUAAUUAUGUACAUAUUAACUUGUAUAUUUAAUCAACAUUAUGGUCCUUAUAUAUGUUGCUUUCAUGUAAAUUGUUGUUAUGUUUACUGGUAUUGGGUCUUUGUAUGCCUCUACAGAGUGGUUAGCAUUAAGCCAUGCACAUGUCUGUCCAUCUGUCCAUAGGUAUGUUGCAACGUCCUGAAGCUGAAGUUUUCAACUUUUUUUUUAGUUUUGCUGAAUUAUGUUUGUUUUUCCACUAGAUUAUUCUAAGUCACACAAUUUGUUUUAUUUUCAACUACUCUUUAACUUCUGACUUGAUCUGUCUCAAACUUUCACAUUUGCAUGACCUUAAAUUGCAUGGAAAUACAUUUUGGCUGUGACCAGUUUCAGCAGAAUUAUUGUCUGAUUUUCCACUAUAGAAUGUGUUGUUCCAAUAUUUUGUGUUGUCAACUACUCUUUAACUUAACUUUCAAAGCUGAAUGACUUGAAUGUGUAUAUUCUAUUUUGUAAGGAGUUAUUGCUGCCACGACUUUGCAGAAUGAUUACCAUUUGUCUUUUUGUUAACUGUAGAAUAUAUAGUGGAUUAGGCUUUGUCCAAGCAUUCAUUGUUUGGGGGUAAGCCUUUGGGACACAUUUUAAGUUGCUCAUAUUUAUAUUUGACACAAACAUGUAAAUGUUAAGUUGUGGUAUUUGUUUAUUUCUACCCUAUCUAUUCAGUGCCUUACUGCGUUAAUGUAUUAGUUUUUUAUGAGGAAACUGUGUUCUUUAUUUUACAGAGGCAAAUGUCUUUAUCAUGACUUCAUUUAGAGAAAGCUGAUUGGGGAUUGUCAUGUUUUAUGUUCUGAUUUUAAAAUAAAAGUAUAAUACAUA